GCCGUUGGCUGCUCGACCAUGUUGGCGUACUCUUCCUUUUUGGGGGUGAACAUGUGGGGGGUGCUGCUUUCGGGUCUGGCUCUUCUCCUGGCGGUGUAUUUUCUCAACAGAAAGGACCCGCCACACUUUCCGCCGGGACCCCCGGCUCUCCCCCUCAUCGGCAAUGUCUUCAAUAUUGCCAUCGAACAGUCUCACACGUACCUGACGCAGCUGGCCGACAUCUACGGGGAUGUGUUCCGCUUAAGUCUGGGGAAGGAGAAGUGGGUGUUUGUGUGCGGAUGGAAGAUGCUGAAAGAAGUUCUGAUCACACAAGCUGAGAACUUUGCCGACCGGCCCCACAACCCGGUGUUAACCAGGAUGUACUCUGGGAACACAGGAGGGCUUUUGUGCAGUAACGGCAAAGUGUGGAGGAGGCAGCGUCACUUCGCCAUGGCCACCCUGCGCACCUUCGGCCUGGCUAACGGCACCAUCGAGCGCAGCAUCUGCGAGGAGAGCCGACAUCUGCAGGAAGCCAUGGAGAAGGAGCGAGGUGAACCCUUUGACCCCGUGGCCAACUUGAACAGUGCCGUGGCAAACAUCAUCUGUCACAUUGUGUUUGGGAAAAGGUUCGACUACGGCGACCGCAGGUUGCAGAAACUACACACCUGCCUUGCUGAGAUGAUCUACCUGGAAGGUUCCGUCUGGGCUCGGCUCUACGAUGCUUUCCCAGCGCUGAUGAAACACCUGCCCGGGCCUCACAGUACAAUGUUCAGCCACUUCCGAACCUUGCAGGAGUUCAUCACUUCCGAGAUAAAGGCGCACAAGUUGGAUUUGGACCCCAACAACCCACAAGAUUACAUGGAUGCCUUCCUGAUGGAGAGCCAAGACCAAGCAAACUGUGAACUGGGUUUUCAUGAAGACAAUCUGGUUCUGUGCUGUCUGGAUCUGUUUGUUGCCGGGACCGAGACCGUCUCGAAGACGCUGCAGUGGGGCCUCAUCUUCCUCAUCAAGCACCCUCAGAUCCAGGACAAAGUCCAUGCGGAGAUCGAGCGAGUGAUCGGGCCGACUCGCCGGCCCACCAUGGCGGACAAAGCCAACAUGCCGUACACCAACGCAGUCGUCCAUGAGAUCCAGAGGAUGGCCAACGUUGUUCCUCUCAACGGACCCAGAGUGGCCACCAAAGACACGCAACUGGGGGGCUACUCCAUACCCAAGGGAAGCAACGUGCUCACCAUCCUAACCUCUGUGCUCUUCGACGAGAACCAGUGGGAAAGUCCUCACACCUUCAACCCGGGACACUUCCUGGAUGCCCAUGGCAAUUUCGUGACAAGGAAGGCAUUUUUACCUUUCUCUGCAGGGAAACGUGUGUGCCUGGGAGAGAGUCUGGCCCGGAUGGAGCUUUUCUUGUUUCUGGUCAGUUUGCUGCACAAGUUCACCUUCUCCACCUUGGAUGGAGUUGAUCUGAGCUUCGAGGGCAUCGUUGGACUCACACGCACGCCUUACCCUUUCAAGAUCCGUGCCAAAGCCCGUUGAAGGCUUUUCUUGAGGGUCCCUGCACUUUAAGAGCACAAUGUAUCUCAGCGGUAAAACGUCCUUUCUGGAUCCACCAAUGAACGAACAUAGAGUGAAGCUUAUACAGUAAACCUCGGAUAUAUCGGACUCGGAUAUAUCGGAAAUUCGCUCACAACGGACAGAUAAAAAAGAACCAAUUUUUCUGUAAUGCAUUUCCAAUAAAAAUUCAUUGCAUAUAUCAGAUUUUUUAUAACAGAUUUCGCCUAUUUCGGACAAAAUCUCCAGUCCCGUUCCAAUGCAUUUCCAUGAAAUUUCCCUCGCAUAUAUCGGAUGGCCGCAUCGUGGUGCUCCGAUUCGCCGAAUCGUGACAGUCCGCUAUACGACGUCAUUUGCAGCGUUUGCAGCGUUGCCUGCGUCCAGGUACAUUGGAAACAUAGUCAAGGAAGUGCCUUUUUAUAACGGAUAAAAUCCGAUUUACGCAUAUACCGGAUAUAAAUCCGAUAUAUCCGUAAAACGGACAUUUUCCGGUAUACGCAUAUAAUGGAUUUCGCUUAUAUCGGACAAAACUAGUGGGAACAAUUGAAUCCGAUAUAUCCGAGGUUUACUGUACUUACUUAUAUACUUGCCUGUCUACUUAGUUACUCCGGGGUUGACACAGCAGCUCUACUGGUCGAUCUAGACCUCAUUAGUGUCCCAAUCCAACAGUCUAAUAUUGCACUUUUCUCGCAUUACUUUUGCAAUGUAGCCAGCAACAUGGUCUGUGAGCGCCACCAUAUUAGCUUGUAUCGUUUUCCUCCACGAUUCACUCCCAGCGUGGGACGAAGGCUCUGCUGCACAUCCACACUGGAGCUGAAACUCAGAACAGUCAUUCAUAUUAGCAUUUGAUGCUAGCUGAUCGGUAGCCCGGCCUCCAUGUACUGGGACAAAGAGGCUGAAUGGCUGACAGGAUGGUUCACUCUCUCCGUUCAUUCCACGAUAGAACCAAUGCGUACAGACUAGAGGUGGGAAUCUCAGCACUGAGGAAGAUUCGAUAUACAUCUCCAUGCAUUCCCAGCGAUACCAUACUUUAACCAUACAUGGAAUUUUCUGGCCAUACGAUUCACCCUCUUCAUGAUGCGAUGCAAUAAUUAUUUAGUUCAAAUCAAUGCAAUCUGAUAUGAUAUGCUGCAAUUUCUUGCGAUAUGAUGUAAUUCAACAUGAUGCAAAUAAGCAAAGGGAAAAAAUGGAAUUCAGUAUGGUCCUACAAAAAGGAUUUGGCUUUAUUCCUUCUAGGCACUUGGCAGUAAAUUCUACUAAAGUGCUGUUUGUCUUUUUUACUAUGCACCACUUCUUCAUCAUUCUUUUUGCCAUCUAAAAAAAAGCAACAACUUUCCUCCCACUUUCACAUGGACUAUGUAAUUACAAUAGCAGUGGUUCAGUGGUGGACUAAAACAAUUAAACAUUAAUUACUGCUGUAAAAAAAUACAGUAUGCAGCAACAACAAAGUUAAAGUUUUCAACAGUGGAAUCAAUGUUUGUUUAUAUUCCUAUCUGCUAAACAUGCUGCUAAUAUGAAUGAGCUAGCAGCUAGGCUAAUACAGUAGUGAGGAGCAGAAAGUGGAAAACAACUUCUACCGUUUUAAAAUUGUUUCACAAUUCAGGAAGAAGCCAACUGCUGUUCUGGGUGAUGAUGGUGCAUUCAUGGCACCUUGGGAACAGCAUAUGGGGUGAAGUUGAACAUUAAUAAAAUGGUGCUUUCAUCGGAUUUUACCGAUGCCCACAAACGCGUCGCGAUGAAUCUAGAUUUCACCCGUCAAUUGCAUCCGUACCCAUUGAAUGAGGUGAUGUACUUGCACUGCACAUCAAUGUAUCGAUCAAUAUCGAUUAUUUUCAGACACAUGCAGAGUGAACCCCCUUGUCAACCAACCUUUGUGGUACGACGAGAUGAAGUCGGCAAAAUGAUAAACCUCGUUUUAUCGUUCCAUUAAUAGAUUUAUUAUCAUUCCAUAUGACGAUGUCAGUAACGGCCGCUCAUCAGCGGAGUCUUUAACUCCAACUUCAUCAGUCGUUUACUACAUGAGUUAGUCGUAAUACACACGUCUUCCACCUGAAGAUGCAUGCUGUGCUAAGGUCAAGGUCAAGGUGAUUUUGAAGGUACCACCUGAAGGAAACUCACAGCCUCCCUGUACUUCGAGGUGACUUCCUGGUGGGUGUCGAGUGGAGGGUGGGAGAGAUCAAUACACAAACCAAGAUAGAAUAUUCCCAAAAUGUAUUCCUGACACCGCAAUCCUAAUACAGACGUCCCUGUCGGCCUACAUUUAAGCGGGUCUUAGAACAGCGCAGCUGCAAAAAGCCCCUUCUCUCCCUGCCCGGGAUGCGUUUUUACGCAUCGGCUGGCCAAUAAGAAGUUGCCACCGCCCUGGUCAGCGGUAGAUGUUGUCCAGACCCAGAAGGGCCCCCAAAUCCUCCUGUAGGUGGAUGCCGCUGGUGACCUCCUGACCUGUAAACAAACUGCAAGAGAUACCCCCCCCCCCCAUCCCGUAACUCAUGGGGACACUCUUUGUUCCAUAUCUGUGUGUAACUAAACCAGUAAACGGUUUAUAAUAAAAGUAAUCAGUCUGAUGUGUGGUCUAUAUCCGGACAUGUGGGUGUAACAAGCCAAACUAUGAGAUGAGUAUAAUAAACUAAAAUAAUAUAAUGAAUAAUCACCUUCACACCC